UCUUUCGAUCAUCAAUUAGCUUCUAGAAUCUGUCUGGUUUCUGCCUCUAACGAAAAUGACUAAUUAGAAUUGUUAGCACUAUAGUCUGGACGCCAGAAGCAUAUUUCCCGAACGAAGAUGGCGGGUGCGAGUUACGCAGCACAGGUACACGAACCUAUGGCCAUGGAGAACAUUCAAAGGCAGCCCGUUCCUAUCGGCAAAGUCUUUAUACAGCGAGAUUAUUCCGACGGCAUGAAAGUCAAGUUUCAGACCAAACUCCCUUUAGAAAUCAACGACAGGAUAGAUCAGAGGAUGUUCGAGACCACCGUUAUCCGACUGAACGAGAUCUACGGCGAUGCGGAGGCACUCAAAGCGAGGAUAUUCUGCGAAGGAUGUUUGAUAUGUCUCACUGGUUAUCUAGCUCUCUUAUGUGUCAAAUCGCAUUAUGAAAGGAAAGUCAAGGAAGCAGCUAGGUAUAUUCAAUCUCAGAAUGAUGAGGUCUACGCCCCGCGAGGUCUCGUGCUUGUCGAUCCGUUCGAGAGAGGACUCCGAGUUAUAGAAAUAGUGAUUCUACCACAAGACAGAGGUUGACACCGGUCAACAACGGGCUACAAGAUGACAAGUUCAGAUGUUUAACCUUGAUAUCACUAGAGGGCGUUCUUCAUAAAUCUUAUCCCAAGUGUGGAGGUUAUUGCCUCGUACACAGAAUAUUGAUAUAAUAAAAGAGAGUUGCAUUUUUAGCAAAAACAGGUCACCGACCAAAGCCAUGCAGUGAAUAAUGGCUUGUAACUGGCUCCCAACACAUCUUUGCUAAGCAGUUUAUUUUGCUAAGCACUAUGGGCUCCGUGCGCAAUCAAGAGAGGGCGCUAUUUUACCACUUUCGAGAGCCCAUUUCGAGAAUGUCUCUCCCAGUGGUCUCCCCCAACUUUCCCUUUCUGACCAUUGAGGGGGUACUUGUGCACCAAGCCCAUUUUUUUUCCCUAAGAGGCUCCAUUAUUAACUUGUGUCCUGUUUUUGAAAACAAUUGCUCAAUUUUAUAUUUGCGUAGCUAAGAAAUUUGCCCCCGAUUGGCUGGUGUGAAGAGCGCCCCCUAGUGACACAUAAUUGCAAUUCCUCAAUGUGUACAAAGUGCAGAGAAUUAUAAGUGCUAAAGUGAAUCCAGUUUUUGUAAACAUCGUGUAAAUAUUUGUAUGAACUGGUUAUUUUUGUGAUUUGUGUCGAGGUUGGUUUCCAAUUGCAUUAUCUCAUUUCGUAUUUUUUUUUAAUUGUAGGUUUUGUACGGAACUUACCUGUUUGCUAAAACUUGACCAUUUCUUUUCAGAUUAUAUUAUACUCCACACUAGUGGUGGGAGAAACGGGA